CAGAAGCCGAGACCAAUUUCGAGGGAAUUGAGAGCAAGUUUUCCUUACGGACGCCUGCAGAGCCCGAUGAGGAUGUGUGCUAUCUGGUUCCUGGGCAGGUGGACAGCCUGGCACAGUGCAACUUCAACCAUACCAGUAAAACCUUUGUGGUGAUCCAUGGGUGGACGGUGACAGGAAUGUAUGAAAGCUGGGUCCCGAAGCUGGUGGAUGCUCUGUACAAGAGGGAGCCUGACUCAAAUGUCAUUGUGGUGGACUGGCUAAUUCGAGCUCAGCAGCACUACCCAGUGUCUGCUGCAUACACUAAGCUGGUGGGAAAGGAUGUGGCUAUGUUUAUUGACUGGAUGGAGGAGCAAUUCAAUUAUCCUCUCAACAAUGUCCACUUGCUGGGAUACAGUCUAGGUGCUCAUGCUGCUGGGAUUGCUGGGAGUCUGACCAAGAAGAAGGUGAACAGAAUUACUGGCCUGGAUCCAGCUGGUCCUACCUUUGAGUAUGCCGAUGCCCUCACUCGCCUCUCCCCGGAUGAUGCUGACUUCGUGGAUGUCCUACACACCUACACUCGAGGCUCUCCAGACCGCAGCAUUGGUAUCCAGAAGCCUGUUGGACACAUUGAUAUUUAUCCUAAUGGUGGAGGCUUCCAGCCAGGUUGCAACUUGGGAGAAGCACUCCGUCUGAUCGCUGAAAAAGGCUUUGCAGAUGUGGAUCAGCUGGUGAAAUGCUCUCAUGAACGAUCCAUCCACCUCUUCAUUGACUCCCUCCUCUAUGAAGAAAAGCCCAGCAUGGCCUACCGCUGCAACACAAAGGAGGCCUUUGAGAAGGGUCUCUGCCUGAGCUGCCGGAAGAAUCGCUGCAACAAUUUGGGUUACAAGGUCAACAGAGUGAGAACGAAGAGAAAUACCAAAAUGUACUUGAAGACCCGUGCUCAGAUGCCCUAUAAAGUCUUUCAUUACCAGGUCAAGAUCCAUUUCUUUGGAAAGACUAAUAUGACCAAGACAAACCAGCCAUUCCUGAUCUCUCUCUAUGGCACUCUAGAUGAGAGUGAGAACAUUGCUUUCACACUGCCUGAAGUCUCCUCAAACAAGACCUUCUCCUUCCUGAUUUACACGGAAGUGGACAUUGGUGACCUGCUUAUGCUGAAGCUGCAGUGGGAGAAAGACACUUUCUUCAGCUGGUCAGACUGGUGGACUCCUUUUACAUUUGACAUCCAGAGAGUCAGAGUGAAAUCGGGAGAAACUCAGAAAAAGGUGGUGUUCUGUUCUCGAGAUGGCACCUCACGUCUUGGUAAGGGAGAAGAGGGAGCAAUAUUUGUGAAAUGCUUGGAGCAGCCUGUGAACAGGAAGAGAGGAGGUGCCAAGAAAGCCUCUAAAGAAAAUUCUGCUCAUGAAUCUGCUUAAGUGACAAGAAUGAAGAUUUUUUUCCACACUGGGGAGGAGGAGAGUCUGUUCAUCCUUGUGGACUGGAUGUUCAGAACCAAAUAUAUAGAAGUAUUUAUCCGCUGCUGGCUUUUUGCCUGCUAUUCCUAGCUAUCUUAGGAGACCUCGUGUAAGGAAGUCUCAGCAUAAAGUUACUAACAAUAAAGAUACAUUAUCCAAAUAGUUUAAAAACAAAGAAAUCUGCAAAACAACUUGCCAAAGGCUUGAGUGCUGGGAAGGAGUAAGUAAUUUUGCUUAAUCAUGGUGCCUUGUGACAAAGUUUCUUGACCAUCAAAUCCUCUAUAGCAAUUUUCUAGUAUUUAUUGAAAAGAAGCAAAACCCUG